AUGGGUACUUGUGUUCAUCUUAGUAAAUGUUUAACUUGUUUAUCAAUAACAAAAUCUCAAGAUUUAUUCUAUGAUUUAUCUAUUGGUUUUAAUGAUCAAUCUUCAAUUACUAAUGAACAACAAAAAUGUUUUAAUUUACAAUCUCUUAUUGAUCAUGCAUUUGCAUGGGAAUCAUUAAAUAAUGAAAAUCAACUUGCAUGUGAUACAUGUCAAACAAAACAAGAUGGUUCACGUCGAAUGUUUUUAACAUCACAUCCAAAUUAUCUUAUUUUGUUAUUAAAACGUUUUGUACAUAAUCGUCUUACAGGUAAAUAUGAAAAAUGUCUUGAUCGUACAACAUUACCAGAAUUAAUAAAAUUAUUAACUGUUAAUGAAACAUAUGUAUCAUAUCAAUUAAAAGCUAUUGUUGUUCAUCAUGGUUUAUCAAUGAAUAGUGGACAUUAUUAUGCAUUUGUUAAUUUUAAUAAUGAUGAUUUAAUUGAUAAAACAAAUACAAAUUAUAUUGGAUGGUGGCUUUUUAAUGAUACACAUGUUGAACAUUUAACAUUUGAAAGUGUUUGUGCACAUUUUCAACGUUUUCAAUCAGCUACACCAUAUGUUUUAAUAUUUGAAAAAGAAAUUCAAGAAAAAGAAACAAAUGUAAUACAAUUACCGAUUUUACCAUAUUUACAAACAUUAGUUGAUCGUGAUAAUCAACUUUAUACACAAGAACAAAAGCGUCGUAGUCGUUCAUCGAGAUCAGCUGAUACAUCUGAUGUAACUGAACCUUAUUUAAGAAAUACAGGAUGUAAAGAUCAAAGUCCUGAUCGUGGACCACCUUGUAUUUUUUAA